AGUAGCAGCUCUUAAUGCUCUAUGCGACACGCUUUUAAGUAACGCCUUCAGACUGAUAUGGGCUAUCACGAGGGACGGUUGUACACGUAUGUAAGAUUAAUGCAUAGAAGAGAAACCACUAGAGCAUUACCGGUUUAGCUGGAACACAUCUAUCCCGUUUUAACUUGGCAGCCCGUUUAACCUUUGUUAUUACUACUACGAUUGUAUCUUUUGCCUUUUGGCGCCGGUGCGCAUCUAGUGCUCCAUUUGCAGCUAUCUGCAUUGCGCACUGUUAUAGGCCUCUGUUACAAUGGGCUAACCCGAAACCUUUUAAGAUAAGCAAAACUCAUACCUCAGUCAAAUACGCCAUUUGCCUCCCGUAGUGGCGUCAAUGGACAACCCUUUAUCUUUAACGGAAGACCGUCCAACGCGCAUGCGGGACAGUUUGGCGCGUCCUGUGUCUCGCAGCGCAACACGACACAGUUCAGCCGAGCCUUUCGGCCUGGGACCCUGUCGUGAUCUUAGCACUUCGGACACUUCUUACGUCUGCGACGCCGUGGUCCGGCCUCGACCACACCAGCUAGCCCGUCGACUGUCAGCUUACGAAUGCCAACUCGCCAAUGGGCUUCCCCUUUUCGCACAAACAGCGCAUGGCGGGGAGCUUAGCUUUGUCAUGGAAUGCUCCCAUCAAUCCUCCUCACUGGCGGCCCCGUCGCUACACCGACAUGGAGGCGGAAGCCGUGCAUCAUCGGCAUUGGUGCAGCCCAGUCGCAGUCAGCCGCGUGACUCAGCAGCUACAGCUGCAGCAGCCAACCUCAUGAACCGCUCACACAGCAUGAUCGCCGCCUCGCAGCAUCCCUUUGGCUCCGCCCACGGAGGCACAGCCAUGGGCGACACAAUGUUCGGCGGCAUUGCGUCCCCAAACAGCAUCUGCGGCAGCGCAAGCAAGCGCAGCCUCCACAUCCCCUCCCACACCAGAGAGCCCUCCUACCUGGCGCUCCCCACCAACCCAACCUCCACCGCGGCGCCACGCAACCACGCAGCAGCAGGCAUCGUUACCUGCACCGCAGCCGCGGCAGCAGGCGCGCACGCCGCGUCCUCCAUGCACGGCCCCGGCGUGCCGAAAUGCCCCGUCACAGCCGCGGCCGCCGCCGCCGCCUCCACAGCCCUCCGCAAAUCCCACCACUUCCACCCCCUCUCCCUGUCGCGCCCGCAUCACAGCUGCUUCCACCUCGCCUGGGUGGGCGGCUGCACCGUGUACGUUGCAGCCUUCGCGCCCGCCGCGCUGCUCCCGGUGAUCCGGCCUCAGCUGCAGCUGAGCCUGGGGCAGGUGGGCGCGGCGGCGGUGGCGGCGCUGGUGGCCUCCGUGUUCACUCGCUUCCUCAUGGCGGUGCUCGUGCGGCGGUACGGACCUCGGUACUGCCAGGUGCUGACGCUGCUGUACACGGGCCCGGUGCUGGCGUGCAUGACGCUGGUGACUGGGGGCACGGGGUUCGUGCUGAUGCGGUUCCUGCUGGGCGCCUCGCUGGGGCUGUUCGUGGUGGCGCAGUGCUGGGUGGUCGCCAUGUUUGACUGGAGCGUGCUGCGUACGGCAGUCAACUCCGCCGCGGGCCUCGUCAGCUCCGGCGGCGGAUUAGUCAUGUUGCUCGUACCGCUGCUGUACAUCGGUGUACGGCCGCUGUACGGCGGCAGCGACGAGGCCGCCUGGCGCGCCACCUUCCACAUCCUCGCCGCCGCUUGCAUCGUGAUCGCCGUACUGACGCUCAUGUUUGGGCAGGACACUCCCUCGGGAGAUCUGCUGGAUCCGAAACCAGCCCUCCCUGCCAACUACUACAUGUCGUACAGGAUCCGGGAGAAACCCAAUAUGGCUGCUGCUGCUGCUUCCCCGCGGCGGCACCCGGAGGAGGAGUACGGCUACAAACCCGCUAUCGCGAUCUCGCCUGGCGGCGCCGCUGCUGCUGUCGGCACGUUCGGCCACCAACAGCAGCCCUACCCGCAGCUGCAGCAGCAGCAGCCUCACAUGCUGGUAGUUGAGGGUCCGGGACCGACAGCGGAGGCGCGGGUGUCGCCGGGGGGCGGGCAGCGUGCCGGAGGUGGGGGUGGGGGUGGGUUGCAGGAGGAGGGGGAUGCGGACUCGGGCCCCGCGCUGUGGAGGCGCAGGGAGCUGCAGCAGCUGCUGAGGCGGGAGACCUCGCGGACCCGGCAGCCGCUGCUGCGGCAGGCGCAGCAGCAGCAGCAGUAUAUACGGGAGCAGCAGCAGCAGGGGUCACCUCCACAGCAGCAGCAGCAUGCAUGGGAGCAGCAGCCGCCGCUGCACCCCCACCUGCACGACCAGCUGCAGCAGCGGCCGCACCAUCAUCCCCACCAUCCCCACCCCCCCCAUGACAGCCACCCGCAGCAGCCCCAGCAGCAGCCGCACCGCUCCCACCCCCAUCCGCCCAGCCACAUGCACCACACGCAAGCGAGCCCAGCACCCUGCCACCAGCAACCGCAACUCCAUCCACAGCAGCAGCAGGAGCGGCCUUCCCCACCUGCGGCGGUUGGAAGAGCCAAGUGCGGAGCUCAGGUGGGCGACUCGGCGGACGUACCCGGGGGCAGCUGCCCACCUCCUCCGCUGGGGGGACCCCCCGCACCUCUAGCGACUGCAGAAGCAGCAACCGCGGCACCAGCAGCAGCCGGGGACAACGCGCCCGAGCCCUCUCUGCUCCGAAGCUCCAUCGCCGCCGCCGCCGCGGCAGCCGCCUCCAACCACCCCCAAGCAGCCGACCCGACCCCGGACCUCCCCUUGCUGUCUGACCAGCACCAGCCGCCCCACCCGCCGCGCACCUCCACUCCCGCACACCGCGCUACCAGUGGUGGAGGCGGCGGCGGGAGCAGCAAGGAGGGUGCUGCGGGUGCUGCUGCCAAGGGCGUCACGGGUCCUCUUGCCGCCACCUCUCGAGGUCACCUCUCCCAGGGAGGCAUGCAGCAGCAGCAGGGGCAAGGAGCUGGCACUCCCAGGCCCCGCUCGACCACCGGAGGGAGUGCGGGCGCGGUGCGGCGCAGCGGUGACAUGGGGGCGGCGGGAGAGGCGGGUGCGGGUGCGCGGCGCUCCAGUGCGAGUGGGGGCUCGGAGGGGUCGGGGCGCAGCAGCGACAGCGGGGCGGCGCAGCAGCGGCUGGAGGAGCACGUGCACCUGUACGGCAUCGUACUGCGGAACCCCAUCUGCUGGAUCCUGGCGUUCAACAACGGCUUCACCUUUGGUGUGCAGCUGGUGGUCUUCAACGUGCUGCCCAUCUACCUCACCGACGUGUUCAGAAUGGGAGUCAUGCGGGCGGGCUGCGUGGCGUGUGUGUUUGGCCUCUCCAACAUCGUCACGCGCGUCAGCGGCUGCCAGCUGUCGGACGGGCUGAGUCGGCGGUACGGCAUGCGGGGUCGGCUGUGGCUGCUGUGGGGGCUGCAGGCGGCGGGAGGUGUGUUUUGCGCGCUGCUGGCGAGUGUUGCGAACAGCAGCUUCGGAGGCACCGUGGUGCUGCUGAUCCUGUUUGCGGUGUCCAUCCAGUUGGCCUGCGGGGUGAUGUUCUCCAUCACCCCCUUCGUAUCCUACCGGGGCUAUGCGGUGGUGGCGGCGGCGGUGGCGGCGGGCGGCCAGGUGGGGGCCGCGGUGCUGCAGGGCGCCUUCUUCACGCAGGCGGGCUUCUCCUACAAUCGCGGCUUCCAGUUCAUGGGCAUCGCCUCCGUGGUUGCCUCCGCCUCUCUGCUGCUGCUGCGGUUCCCCAUGUGGGGCGGCAUGCUGGCGGGCCCCAGUGACACGCAGGCGCACGACGAGUGGGCGGAGGAGCGCUACUACGCGCGCGAGUGGAGCGAGAUGGAGCGCGCGCAGGGGCUGGCGGAGGCGGCGGCGGGGUUCGCAUGGCUGGCUAAGGCGGAGCGGCCGCCGCGGCGGGGCCUCAGGG